GCAUCAUUUGGCAUACACUUGUCAGUCUAUGUAAACUCCCUGCAUCUGCAAAGGGAGUGGAUCUGCCAUCCCUUCCCCCAUCACCACCACCACCACCAUCAUCAUCAUCAUCAUCGCCGGACCAGUGAACAACGGGCUCGGUACAUCAUUUCACCGUUAUGGCAAAUGAAUUCCCAAAAAACAGAGAAGUAACUACCAACCUAACGUCAUCUCUAGACCUAAGCACGUCCCUAGAUCACAGUGUGCAGACGCGGAUUUUUAAAAUCAUUGUCAUCGGGGACUCAAAUGUGGGCAAGACAUGUUUAACCUUCCGCUUCACCGGCGGAGCCUUUCCCUGUAAGACUGAAGCCACCAUCGGCGUGGAUUUCAGAGAGAAAGCUGUGGAGAUCGAGGGCGAGAAAAUAAAGGUACAAGUAUGGGAUACUGCGGGCCAGGAGCGCUUUCGGAAGAGCAUGGUGCAGCAUUACUACCGCAAUGUGCAUGCUAUCGUAUUUGUAUAUGACGUCACAAAAAUGGCCUCAUUCCAGAACCUAAAGACCUGGAUUCAGGAGUGUAAUGGGCACGGGGUGUCAUCCACGGUGCCUCGUGUUCUAGUGGGUAACAAAUGUGACCUAGUUGACCAGAUCCAGGUCCCUUCCAACACUGCCCUCAAGUUUGCCGAUGCCCAUAACAUGCUACUGUUUGAAACGUCAGCCAAAGAUCCCAAGGAGAGCCAGAACAUUGACUCCAUUUUCAUGUGCCUGGCGUGUCGUCUAAAAGCCCAGAAAUCCCUGAUCUACAGAAACGUGGAGAGAGAAGGCUGCAGAGUGAGGCUGACACAUCAGCCCAACCCUAAGAGUAACUGCCCUUGUUGAGGACCCUAAACUGUGAAAUUAAUCACAUUAAUAAUUCACAAUGCAAGGAUGUGCCUGCAACUAAUUUUAGUUAUUUUAUGACAGCUGCUCCAUUAACUUUUUUUUUUUUGAGUGUUCUUAUCUUUCAUGUUCUUUUUUUUUUCCUUCAAUUACAUCAUCACUAAAAAGGCAAAUCCCACAAAACCUGUCAAGAACAGGUUCAAAGUUGUAUGUCAUCUCAAAAUCAAAAGAAAGAAAUGAGAAAUUACGUUUUGCUGACAGGAAAUGAUGCCUUUUAGGGCGGUUUUUGCAUUUGCACACUUUCCCCAGUACUGCAAUGCAAAUCAUUACCGUAAUGCAAUAUAUAUAUAUAUAUUACAGUAGUAAAGAUCUAAUGACAAUCAUCAGUUUUUAAAAACAUCCAAAAUCAUACAUUAAAAGUAAAACAGCCAAAAGCAUUAUUUAUUUAUUUAUUUUUGUGUUGAAAUGUGUUGAAUUUCCAUUAAAAAAUGUCAAAGUGCAAAAAAUUCUAAUGGCCCUAUAAUAUGCUUCAUUUUAUUAAUCAAAAAAUAAUGCAGCCUGGACAUGUUUAAACAAGAUUUUAUCCUUCUGAUAUAUUUCCAAUCCCUCAUGCUUAAUUCGGGCACACUUUACCAUCUAUGAAAUCUUUAAAAGUCUGAAGAAACAUGACAUUUGUUGGAUUUACAGAAAUUUGUUUCUGUCACACAUUUGUUUGGAUUCAUCCAUCAGCAUACAAUCAAGUUCAGAUAUCUUUUAGUGUAAUAGAGUAUAACAUCUCCAACAUAAAGGUCUUAAUGUUUUAGCCAUUGGGAACUGCACAUGGAACCUAAACCUUCCAGCACUGCAUGAGCAGUUUAACAUGAGUUUCUACAAUGAUAAACUAAAAUGUUUGUAUUGCCUUAAAACAUAUUCAUUUGCCACUAUUGCUAGUUAUUUCUCAUAGCCUUGUGAUUAAAAUAUUCUAAUAUUUCUUCCUCACUAAGUGCAUGGAUACAUUUGAAACCCAUUCAAAUUAUGAAACUAUUCAAACAUUCUGAUGAUUAGCAUUAAAUAGUUUGUGACUCAAAUGUUAAUGUAAUCUGAUAACACUCAUAAACAAACUCAUGCUUAUUCCCAAGCACCUUGGGAAAGAGUGUAACUAAGUUUUAUGUAGCAUUACAGUAUUUCACCAGCUUAAGGCGGUUCUUCCAAAUGCAUAAACACUCAAAUAUAUACAAAAGCAAGGUUCAAACAGGCCAGUGGUUGUUACAUUUUUAUUCAAAAGAACCAGAAAAUAAUGAUUUUAACUUGACAGAGAAAGGCAGUAUGAGUGUUUCUGUGGAAGGGGUUGCUGAUAAUAUGGAAAUGAUGAUUAUGGGAUGAGCGAGUGUUAUUUGGUGCCCCUGUGAGUGUUUUUGUUUUGAUUUAGAUUUUUUUGUAACUUCUAUCCUCUGCUUAUUCUGUUGUUUCAGUUCUACAGGAGAAGUUACCGUUUUUUUGUGUGGUUUCAAAUGCUUUCAGAUUUGUAAGAAUUUUCUGGUUUCAACAGUGUUAGCAUUAUAUCUGCUGAAGAGAUUGAAGCCUUAUGAUUUGUCUUGUUUUGAGCCCUUGUAUGCUGUGUGACGUUACAGAUGUAUUUUUGAUUUUGAGCACCAAAUUAAAUCUCAAAUAUCCCAAAGCACUGAAUGUUUUAUUAGCUGAGAAAUGCUUUAAAACACUAACAGUUAUUGGAGUUUGAGUUUUAGAGAAACAAAAGCAUAGAAGCCCUUUGAACUGAAUGCUGUUAAUUAUUAUUUAUGCUGAAAAGAGCAUAAAUA